AUGGCGUCGCGAUUCCUGUUACAAAAACCCUAUGUGGUUGCUAACCUACCGCAACCCAUUGACCACGCAAAGGGGCAGUAUGUGGUGGCUGAGAUUUACGGAGGAGCGCCCGGUGCAAAGAUGAGAAAAAGAUCCGAAUUGGCUGUAGGAAUUGAUGGCGAGGGCAUAAAUUUAUACGACAUUUCUUCAUCCAGGCUUCUUACGUCCUAUGCGCUUCCCCCACAAUCGUCCUUUACAUGUCCUCCAAGCUCGAUCAGAACCCGAAUCUCGAAAAGCAAAAUCGAACGCCGAACAUAUGUCUCCACCGCUGGAUCACCAGCCGAGAUUACACUGUUCCACGAAAGUACUGAAGAGAUGGCGCCGGCGCAGUCUUCAACAACGAGCCGGAAGGUGGAAAACUCUCGCAGCCCAAUUGUGUACCUGGGAACGAUCACAGGUAGCAGAUCCUCGGGCGUGUCUGGAAUCGUUUCGGAUUUGAUUGCAGUCAGGGAAAAUGGUGAGGUGCAAUGCUAUGAAGGAGACAGCCUCGACGAAAAAUGGACCUCUCCUGCAGCUGCGCUCUUCCGAGAUGCAGCCACAACUAUCAAGAACUCCAAGGUUGAGUUUGCGCAGCUCACAAAUGCAUACUCUGCAAGCCAAGGGAUUUUGAAGGGUCGUCAGGAUGUGCUCGCCCUCUUUCCUCAAGAAAUUGUUGAAGGCGGGUUCAAUCCAGAGAUUCUGGUAAUAGUCACCAAAUCCGCCGGGGGGCCUUUCAAGAGAACUUUGCACAUCGUCAGUCUGCCUAGGAGAACAGCUGCCUUUGCGAAAGGUAUGAAACACUCGGUAGACUCACUUCUGACGGCCGAAAUACCCGCUCAGACCUCGCCGGAAAAAGCAGCAUUCAGUAUCCAGGUUUCCACUGGCAUCUUGCAACAAUUGAGCAACGACUUUUUGACCACUUUUGAUCUAAGCGACACUCUGCCGAAAGAGCAGACUAAGAUCAGAUCACCUGGCGCUCAGUCGUUCUUGCGACUUUCGAAUACAGCGGUCAUGAUCUCUUCCAAGAAUUCGAUUACUGUUUACAACCCACGGUAUCAAUCGAAAUUAGCGGAAAUCCAGCUUGCACCUUCACCAAAUGAGUCUCUCAAGCGAAAACGAGGUGACGAAGAUGGUAAUUCAAGCCAUGUUUGCAAAUUCAUUGCCUAUUUCCCAAAGCUCGGUGCCGCAAUGGCCAUUGUGGAUAAUGAUCUUGUCGGAGUGCAGGUCGAUGGCCCCCAAGACCGACAUGGUAAACCUCGUGCUGCCGGCUUGCUGAUCGAUUCCCUUGGGUGCCCUGCCAGGGAGCAAACACGUUCAGGACGCGAAGGCGCUCUGAGCUUCAGAAAGGCAAAACUUGGGCUAGCUACAUUGGAUGAAUUCUUACCAGGCUCAAUUGGUCUUGGGCAGCCUUGGGAUGAGCAGAUAGCUGACAUUGAGAGCCUGUUUGCGUCGGGAAAGUGUGACGAGUUGGAAUUUGACAGGAGAAUCGAGCAUCGACUUGGAGCACAUUGGACCGAGCAAUCGAAACCCCCAAAUAUCAACGGAGCCGACACAAUGGACGUUUCAUCAAACCGAGAUAUUUCAAGUCAGAAGUAUCCGAAGCGCAGAAUUCUACCCUCCGACGUGGAUCGACGAUGGGUAAUAUUUGCACUGAGCAAGAUUUUCUCGUGGUCUACGAAUGAGGGGAACGAAUUUAGCUUGUCCAUCACCUUCUAUCCUUUAAACACUUUCAUGUGGUUGACCUCCAAUGGAUAUAUGACCGUGGCUAAUAUCGAGGCUGCCUUAAGAGUCCGUGGAGUUUCCCUCGUCUCAAUUCCUGCCGGACAGCUCGUGAACGCCCUCUUGGAGAUCGACCCUGAUAUGGAUCUGUUAUAUGCCGUUGUGGCAAAGAACUAUUUAGGGGCUCCUGAGCUACUUUACGCAAUUCGGAAACUGAUGGAGAGUCUCGGAUUACUAGGUGACAACCCAGGCACGAAACAAGGUCUUCUCACUCAUGGUGAUGAUGAAAAUAUUGAGGAGCAGGUUGCUAAGCUCCAAGAAGAGGCAGAGGCGGACUUGGAGCUGGCGGAAUAUCAACUUGGACCUGGCUCCGGCACUCGCGGUGCUGCUCUGAGUCUGGCUCUCUCCAAGCUAUACAUCUGUUCAAGUGACGAUAUCACACUUGCUCUCCAAACGAUUUUCUCCAAUCAGGACAUCGUUUGUCUGGUCUACCUUCUCAGAUUCGAGCUUGCACGCGGAGGAUGGACCACCAGAUACACCGAUAUUGACGAGACAGAGAUUUUCGACGAAGAGGCCGGGAUCCAGGACAACGCAAUCAUACUCAUCUCCAGCUUGCUCAACAAUUGCAUCGACGCCAUAGGGACGGUCGGAUGGUUAUCUGGAGAAGCUAGAUUAGCCGACGGCGAUUUAUUCGAGGCAGAAGAAUUAAUUGCCAGCUUGAAGCUUGAAGUCAGCGCAGCAUUGGAGGGCAUUGAAGAAUCCGUCUAUCUCAAAGGUGUCCUGAAGGAAUUGAUCAAAUACGCGGAUUCAUACCAGAGGAGUCUACCGCAACAACCAAAAGACUCGAAAAGGGCAAAUGACGCGCCAGUCAUCCUUGCAUCCGCCGAUGAGGAGAUCAAGGCACUGCCAAUAGGAUUGAAAGCCGAAAAGCAGAUCUCGCUGCUCAAGAUUGGAGCAGGCAGUGCAGUUCACAAACGUUCAUCGCGAGACAUUGGAUUCUUGAAGAGUCAAAAGAUUGGGCGAUAUUCGCGCGAGAAAAUUGUCAUAUAA